AUGGCUUCAAUGCGUUACUCCCUCGUCUUGUUCGGCCUUCUUGCGCUCAUAGGCUUGCCCCAUGCCGUGCUCGGCAGGCCGGACCCCGCAAGCCCACGGACCUACCGGCCACCGUCCAUCAACAAGCGCACGGCGCAGGAGGUCAUUGAGAAACUAAACCUCAUCCCCAACGAGGAGAAGGGCUACUACAUCCAGAGCUUCGAGGACCCCUAUCGUAUCCCCUGCCUGAACCGCUCCGCCAGCACGGCUAUCUACUACCUCCUCGAGGGCAGCGAUGGAGAUUCCAUUUAUCAUCGCGUGGACGCUGUUGAGGUGUGGCACUACUACGCUGGCGCGCCCUUGGUCUUGUCCCUGUCUUUUGAUGACGGCCAGCCCCUGAGGAGGACGACGCUUGGGCCGGAUAUCUUCGACGACCAGAUCCCCCAGGUGGCGAUCCAAAAGAGCGAGUGGCAGUCGGCGAGGAGCCUUGGCGACUGGACACUCGUCGGGACAACAGUUGCUCCUGGGUUCAUCCCGAGUGGAGUUGAGCUUGCCGAUCCUGGUUGGACUCCAGAUGCGUCGUGA